AUGUCCGAACUCAAGCCACAAUCGAAACCUCCCAGUUGGGUGUUGGACCUGAAUUCGCCGCCUCCGUAUAGGUCCAAGGCGAACGGCAUUCCGGAUCCUCCAGGCUAUCCGUCACAAGCACCUACCUCAAAGAAGCAACGCGAUGCCUCGAAAGACACCAAAGUCCAACCGCGAAAGCAAGCCACACCAGAGGAGAUGGACACACUGAAGCUCAAGAAAGCCUGGGAGGUGGCGCUGGCUCCUGUCAAGAAUCUGCCCAUGACGGCUAUCAUGAUGUACAUGACCGGCAACUCGCUGCAGAUUUUCAGUAUCAUGAUGGUCUUCAUGGCUUUCAAGAACCCUAUCGCCGGUCUGCUGGGCACCAACCAGGCGUUCGAGAGAUUCGAGACGGAGACGAACAAGACAAAAAUGCUGCAGGUCAAGCUCGCAUAUGUUGUUAUGCAGCUGGUCGCCCUGGCUGUGGGGGUAUGGAAGGUUAAUGCGAUGGGCCUGUUACCGACAACGAGAUCAGACUGGCUUAUGUGGGAGGCACAACGGGAGCCGCUGGAGUCCGCCGCGGUUGCUUUGUAA